AUGGCAGAGUCCAGGGAGCCGUGUCUGCUGGAGACAACGUUCACCCUGCUGGGGCUGCUGCUGGCCGGAUUUCUGCUACUGAAGCUGAUGCUGAGGAUCCUGCGGGGGCUGAGGAUCCAUGUGCUGUCCGGCUUCUGGAGGAGCGAUCUCACCCGGUAUGGGCGCUGGGCAGUGGUAACAGGGGCUACAGAUGGCAUAGGAAAGGCAUAUGCACGAGAGCUUGCAAAAAGAGGACUGGAUGUCGUGCUAAUAAGCCGUACCUUGGAGAAGCUUAAGAAGGUGGCUGCAGAAAUAGAAAAAGAAUUUGGGCGCAAGACUCGGGUAAUACAAGUGGAUUUUACGAAUGGAUCACAUAUUUACCAGAAAAUUAAGGAAGAACUGGAAGAUCUGGAGAUUGGAAUUCUGGUAAACAAUGUAGGUAUGAAUAUUAAUCAGGACCCAUGCAAAUAUAUGAAUAUCCCCAACAGAGAUCAGAUGUUGGACAAAAUAAUCAACUGCAAUAUCAUGUCAGUAUUAUGGAUGACUCAGAUUAUUCUCCCUCAAAUGUUGCAGAGAAAGAAAGGCUUGAUUAUAAAUCUUUCUUCUGAAGUUGGAAACCGCCCAUAUCCAAUGUCACUCGUAUAUAGUUCCACAAAAGUCUUUGUGGAUUUCUUUUCUCGUGGUCUACAUGUGGAGUACAAGUCUAAGGGUAUAACAGUGCAGAGUGUGAUGCCAUUGUUGGUCUCAACGGACAUGACCUAUAAGAUGAAGACGAACAUAUUUGUGAAAUCUCCAGACGACUUUGCUUGUGAAGCUUUGAACACUGUGGGAUACACAAGCAGGACCAGCGGAUGUCUCUCACACUCCCUCCAGAGUUAUGCCAUUGACCUCUUUCCAGACAGUAUUUUUUAUCCUUUGCUGUUGUCGAAAUCAAUUCUAAAACGUUUUGAAAACGUGAAGGAAGACUAUUCCAAAACUAAGAAAGAAAAAUGA